UUUCUCUCAUAAACUUAGCAGGCCCUGCCAACGAUCUCAGCCUCGGACUUUGGGUAUACCAUAGGCAGCUUGUCGACGUCUGCGCAACGUGAUAUGCGAGGAAGAGCUAGAAUCGGAGGCUGAGGCGAAAAAAGCUGGACCGACGAUGCAUUGGGCGAUAUACGGAUUUGGACAUCGAGGAUUAUAUCGCAGACGACUCACUGGAGACUUGAAGGAUUGAGAACGCGUGCACAGAAGGAUUGACCUUCCACCCUCAACAUGACGUUUGGCUUCUCGAGUCGGGAGCGCAAGCACAAGAAACUUCCAAAACCUGCUGCACAGCCGUACGCCCAUGCGACGCUGGGCUCGCAGUCGACUGUGCACACACAGCAGAGCCACGAGAUUCCCUAUCCGCCGCAUCAGCCGAGUGGAUACUUCACGAAUCCUCCGCCGCAUUUCAACUAUGCUGUGAGCCCUCCGCCGUCUGCCCGGCAUAUCUCGCCACCGCAACAGCACCAUCCAGUUUAUGGAGCAAGGCCGCAGAUGCCACAGCAAUUCUAUCAGUCUUAUCCUGCCUCGCCGCCUUGUCAACCAGCGCAGCCUCACUGUGUUGAACCCACAGCUAGCUCCGCCACACACUCCCCCCCACGGAAUGAUCGUGGAUUGAAGAGCCACUGGGACCGAGCUGGACGUCUGGCGUCGAGGUCGUACCAGGAUCUGACAGCUCAAGUCUCUUCAGGCGCACAAAAAAGCGUAGACCUCGCCAACAAAAGUGUCGCCGUGACAAUGACGACCUUCGUUGAGCGGCCUACCACACUAGUCACGAAGAAAAGUGUGCAGAUGAUCAACCAAAGUGCGGCUCUCUGCGAUCGUUUGAAUUCCAAGUUGGAUGCCGUCAUCACUAGCAUUGACGAAGGCAUGUUCAGCGGCAAAGAGCAGGAUCUCAUGGUCGAGGACGACGAGAUGCCGUACGCAUCUACUUCGACACUACAGCCCGGCACUGCGCUCGACCGAUCUGCAGCUUCGGCUGUAUAUCCCAGCCAGAAAAAUGCAAAAAGCUCAAACAUGUUCUCAAAAGUCUGGCUAUACUCGAAUUCGCGGUUACCUCCACACCUUCCACCCUUUAAGGUCUACAUGCCAACCUAUCCGCUACUCUGCCUCGCCGCCGCAUACUCAGAGCGCGUCUACACUCCUUCAACUCUCCCAAACACCGAAUCCGAGACCCACAUCCCCGCAGACUGGCGCUCAGGCACAAAAGCCAUGAUCCUCAAGUCGCUCCCCCGCGACGACAUGAACACCGUCGUCUUUGCCAUCCGCGGCUCGCAAACCUUCAUGGACUGGGCCGUGAACUACAAGUCCGCGCCGUCCAGCCCCGACGGCUUCCUCGACGACCCCGGCAAUCUCUGCCACGCAGGAUUCCUUUACGUUGCGCGGAAGAUGGUCGCGCCGGUGGCCGAGCGUCUCCGCGUCCUCCUGCAGGACAAUCCCGCGCGGUCGAAUUGUAGUCUCCUCAUCACGGGCCACUCGGCUGGUGGUGCCGUCGCCGCGCUGCUAUUUGCACACAUGAUGAGCACGACGGUGACGUCGGAGCUGAGCUACCUUACGGGCUUUUUCAAGCGCGUGCACUGCGUGACGUUCGGCGCGCCGCCGAUCAGCCUGCUCCCGCUCAAACCCAGCACCGACAAGCGGCACCGCAAGAGUUUGUUCUACAGCUUCAUCAACGAGGGGGACCCCGUGCCGCGCGCAGACAAGGCGGUCGUUAAGAGCUUGGUCAAGCUGUGGAGUAGCCCCCCGCCAUGCACAAAAAAUACAUCCACUCUAGCCAGCAUGUCGAAGCUCAACAUCUCUUCUUCCUCGAAUAAUCUCGCAAAGCCCAGUCCUGGGCGCAAAGUAGCCAAGACGAAGCCCUCAAAAGCAUCGCUGCCUGCGACAUCGCUCGCUCCUACAACUGCAACCUCCCCGCCGUGGCCCGUGGUGCCCUGCACGCUGAGCAAUGCGGGGCGGCUGAUUGUGCUGCGGGAGAAGGUGGAGGGCUCUGUGGGACAAGAGGAGGACAUCGAGGCUGUUACGGUGAACGACGAGAUGUUGAGGGCGGUGGUGUAUGGGGAUCCGGUGAAGCAUCAGAUGAGCCUGUAUAAGCGGCGGGUCGAGUGUAUUGCUACGAGGGCGGUCACGGGGGGUGGGUACUGACGUUGGUUUUGCUGGCAGACUUGCCUCUGGGGACUCGUGCAAGGAACUAAGUCAGCAUUGCGGUUGCAAGCACUGGGGCUCUUGAGGAUUUAUACAUACC